AUGCUCAGUAAACAUGUUUUUCUUUGCGCACAAAGGUUGUGUUUGUAUUUCUUGCUCUCAUUGGGCAGAAGUCCAAUGGAUGCAUUCUUUGUGCUAAUAGCAGUGAAUCAGUGGGAUUGCUGUGCACACAGGAUGUGGUCAGUCUGGAUGUUCACUAUUCCAUCAUUGCGCGCACGCGAAUGCACAUCCAACGAGAAGGACGCCCUCAACAUCUUGUUCCUCCUUAUCCCCCUGAUCAAUGUGACAAUCCCCAUCGUCUGGAAGUCCUUCGCCUUGGUCUACUCUCUGGAUGUUGCGACGAUGGCGGCAGUGUACUUCUGGAAACUCAGGGCAGACCCUCAAGAAGCAGAUUGA